GUUUUUAAUUUAAGGGGUUUUCUGUCUCCCUCUAUUUUAGCCACACAGAAAUUUCAUUUUCCCAUUCAACAAGAAGAGUAUUUCUCAGAGAAACAGAGAUUUUCGACUUCUCCUUUGAUGGAUCUGUUCCAAUGAAUUUUCCGCCGGAAAUUCUUAAUUAAUAUUCUCCGAUCUCCAUUUCUCCGGAAUCUUGCAAUUCUUUGGAGAAUUCGCUUCUUCUUCUUCUUCUUCUUCUUCUUCUUCUUCUUUUGUAAAUUCUUCUGUAUAGUUUGAGUGGAGUUGUGUAGGGUUGAAUCUGUGAUCAUUCUCUGAAAGUGAGUUGAAGCCGGGAGCUGAUGCUUACAUGCCUGAGAGAUGGUGUUUAAGAAGAGGUUAAGCUAUGAAUUUAAUGGUUUCCAUGUCCCUCAUGUACCUAGAGCUCCUCGAUCAAGUAGGAGGCGAGUUCUGCAUAGGACGACAGUUGAGGAUGGUCAAUUAAGUGCAUUUGAAUUGCUAGCAUCUUUGGCUGACAAGUUACUUCAGGAGAGUGAAAGUUCUGCCUCUAGUAAUGCAUCAGAAGGAAGUGACCACUCUGUAAUCGGUAAAAAUGUUGUCAAAAAGGAAUGUGGGGAUGAAGAUAAACCUUUGAAAAUAGAAUGCCUUGAUCAUGUCAGCUGUGAAGUGAGUGCUUUUGGUUCAGAAUUAGUUGCUGAAAGCAGUGAUGAUUUGAAGGAAUUCCAAAAUGUUGAAAAUGAUGCCAUUUUCAAAUGCACUCCUUUAAAAAAGUCUAGUUGCUCAGACAAAGUUACCAGUGAUUUAAGGUCUUUCAUUGGCAGAACUGCCAAAGUGGAUAGGGGCUUUCCUUAUAUUGGGGGUUCUUGCAAUGGUAAGUUGGAAAAAAUUGAAUUUGAACAAGAGGGACAGCUUAAGGGUUUGGAGGCUGGAACGUUGGCCCCGUCUAAUAAAGGCAUUGCAAAGGAUCCAUUGGAAAUUUGUAUGACAUUUCCUGAAUUCAUUAAUUCUGACAGAGAUGUUAAAUCGCCAUCACGCAAGGACUUUGUUCUUAGCUCUUCCUUUUCAAGUUUUAGGAAUGCUAUUAAGUUAGGUAGUAGAGAUGAUGAUGAUGAAAACUUUAGUAGGUUCAAUAAAUUUAGCAACAGGUUUAAGGCCUCUAGGCCUCCAACACGAAUCGGAGACCGAAGAAUUCUGAAGUUAUUGACAUCCAAAUACUGGAAAGUUGCUCCAAAGUUGAAGGAUGUUGAAGUUUCUAGAGCUGGUGGAGGAAUGAAGCCUCUGUAUCGCAAGCGGAAAACAUGCUACAACCACAAAAAAGGUCGAUAUGAUGUAUUUUAUAAGAAGAAGAAGUUCUGUGACUGGCACUCAGCAGUGACUUCUGAUGGAGGGGUCAGCAGUGAAAGUGUUUCCAACUCACCUGAGAAGGUCUUAAAUGGAGACAAGAAGGAUUCAGCUGUAAUUUUGAAUGGAGCAAACAGGGUAUUAUCACCAUUUAUUGGUCAGCAACCAUCCCAUAAUUCUAGGGAUUCUCAUGUGAAGUUCAGUAUUAAGUCCCUCAGGAUUCCUGAAAUUUUUAUUGAGGUUUCAGAAACUGCAACAGUUGGUUCAUUAAAGAAGACGGUGAUGGAGGCAGUGACUGCUUUACUUGGAGGUGGAUUACGAGUUGGGGUACUUCUUCAAGGAAAGAAGGUUAGGGAUGAUAGCAGAAUGCUAUCACAGUCUGGGAUUUCCUGCAAGGACAACCUGGAUGCUCUGGGUUUUACUUUGGAGCCCAGCACCGUAAAAUCUCCUCUACCUGUGUGCUCUGAAGAUUCUCCACUUCCGUUGUCUCAUGAUGCAGCUGAAAAUGUAAUAAGGUCCCUAGCCACUCCUGCUGUAGAUUCUGGGAUUUCUGAUGCUGUGCCUGACCCAACCUCACUAACCAAUUCAGGAAACCCUAUUGAUCAUAAUCAUGAUCCCGUUUCCUCACAUACUGACAUACUUACUCACCCAAAUCUUCCAGAAUCAAAAGCUCUUGUUCCAGUUCCAGCAGUGAAAGCUGAGGCACUUGCUGUGAUUCCUUUGAACCAGAAGCCUAAGAAAUCUGAGCUUGCACAACGCCGUACCAGAAGGCCAUUCUCUGUGACGGAAGUUGAAGCACUCGUUGAGGCAGUCGAGGAACUUGGCACUGGAAGGUGGCGGGAUGUUAAAUUACGAGCUUUUGAGAAUGCUGAGCAUCGAACUUACGUGGAUUUAAAGGAUAAAUGGAAGACGCUGGUUCAUACAGCAAGGAUCUCUCCUCAGCAAAGAAGGGGAGAGCCAGUGCCCCAGGAACUGUUAGACAGGGUCUUGGCUGCCCAUGCUUACUGGUCCCAACACCAGGCCAAACAACAAGGUAAGCACCAGUCUGGAACUCUGAAACUUACAGAGACCCCUGAUAGAAAUGGAGCUGGAGCCAUACAAUUGUUGAUGUAAAAGUGGAGGUAAAGGUUGACAGGAACAGGGUGCUAUACAAUGUACAAAUGAUUCAUCUUAUGAUUCAAAUCUUUGUAAUAUUCUGACAACUCACAUGAUUCAUUGCUGGCUUUCCCAACUGUGGACAGCUUGGCACCUGUAAAUGACUUGGGGAAAAAUAAAAUCAUUCCAACUGU